CUCGCGCUUCUCUUUCAGCACUGGACAGCUCCGUCGCUCCUUCCAAUCCACCCCCGUCAGCCUCAAAGACAUGAUUGGCAGAAUAAAUGCCCAUACGCGAGUCAAGGACACUUUAGGAACCCUAUAAGAUAAUGAAGGAGACGGGAUUUAAGAGCAGUUGGUUCCAGCUGUCCCCCUGGUGUUGUUAGUGCUUGUUAUGGACAGAGGAGGGCGGAGUGUGCGCUACACAGGAGCGCGUGAGGAGCGGCUCCGUGUGUCUAAGCUACAGUAGGGCUCUCUUCUCACUUUCGGCUCGAGCCUGUUUGUACACAUGCGUGUCACUGUAAAGGGAGAGGCGAGAAAACAACAAGGCUUUUGCUGUUCACGAAACGACCAAAUGUUUUCAUGAAACCUCAAGAUACGCCGAUACAGACACGAGCAAGCUAUUCAUAGCAUCUCACUUGAGCCAGGAGGAUGUGAGACUCGCCCGCCUUCGCCAGUUCAGCAUCUUAGCUCGAGACAGUAGCCUAACGAACUUUUCUACAGGUGAAUACAAAUAGAUUUCUCUGUUGAAGAUCGUAUUGACGUCCGUGCGGGCGGUUUUUCGCACUUGAUUGCUUGGAAUAAUAACGAACACUGGGCGCUCUCGGGCAACAGCGAAAUGGCUGUUUUUCUGAUUUCCUUACUCUUGCAACUGGGAUUUGCAGCGGGAUCAAAUUACGGGUAUGUGGAGUGGUCGGAGCAAGACAAAGACCUGGACGUCAAAGGACAACACACAGUUCCUAACACACACGUCAACAAGGAAUCACAGCACAACCCGACGUAUUUCACAAAACCCUGGACCGAGCGUAACGUGGUAGCGCACAGAAUCGAAGAGGACUUGCCGAGGGUCGUAACGGCUUUUCUUCAUACGGGAGAUUCAGCCACGUUAAAACAUGUCAACUGCUCGCGGAGGUAUGAGCUGAGCAGCCUUCGGGGGAGAUCCUACAUCGCCCCUCAUUAUCCUCUGCACAGCGUGCUUGAAACGGUGGCGCACGCGACCAACUUCUUAAACACGAUCUUGCAAGCCAACAGUUCGAGGGAGCACACCCUCCGGCGAGACGUUAUGUGGUACCACGCGUUAGUUCGCAGCAUUCUAGAGGGAGACCCCAAAAUCCACCGGGCUGUGCUCACGUUCAACACCGAGUCGCCAACUCCUGGUCCUCACAUCUUCCUCCAGGCAACCAGGACGGACAGCGACAUAGUUCUCCAAGAUCUCUCGGACACGGCCCACCGUCGCCUGAAAAACAAGACGCCGGAAACGGAGUGGUUCAACGAGUUCAGGGACAAAAAACAAACCCACGUGCGAAGGAGAGUGCCGAGCCAGGACGUUAAAGCAACCGACGCCUCGGUUAGACGGGGAGACCGUUACGUUCUCGAUAAAACUCAGAUUAAGUGGUCCGCGCCCUACCUCGAGUGUGAAAAUGGAAAUUUCAUCCCGCAUUGGCUUCUCACUUUAUCAGCUGGAUUCUACAGUUUGAAGCCAAAUUUGGUCCCAGAGCUCAGGGGUGUGGUUCGGGUGGACGUGAACCUGCAGGACCUGGACAUUGACCAGUGCUCUGCCAACGGCUGGUUUGCAGGGACACACAGGUGCAAUUUAACCACUAUGGAGUGCCAGCCUGUUCUGGGCCACGGGUUCGUGUUGGACAAAUACAAGUGUCAAUGCAAGCAAGGAUUCUACCAUCCCAGCAGGGUGGCUGUCAACGGCUUCAAAAGGACGGAGAAGAACGGGGCUCGCCAUCGCGGGGGGGUGACGGAGGGGCCGGCCAAGUGCCUGCCCUGCCGGGAGGGGUGCGCCUACUGCCGCGACGACACGCCCUGCCACGCCCAGCCCGACGACUCGCUGCGAUUGGCCGUCAUCUCCUUCCAGGCCCUGUGCAUGCUGGGAGACCUGGUCAGCAUGCUGGUGGCCUACCACUUCCGCAGAAACAAGAGAAUCCGAGCGUCUGGAUUGAUUCUCAUGGAAGCCAUUUUGUUCGGAGCACUGCUGAUGUACUUCCCUGUGGUGAUCCUGUUCUUCGCCCCGAGCGUUUUUCGCUGCGUCCUCCUGCGAUGGGUCCGGCUGCUGGGCUUCGCCGUCGUCUACGGGACGGUCAUCCUCAAGCUGUACAGGGUUCUGAAGGUGUUCUUGUCGCGCACGGCCCAGCGGAUCCCCUACAUGACCAGCUGCCGGGUGCUUCGCCUGCUGGUGGUCAUCCUGCUGGUGGUGAGCUGGUUCCUGGUCGCCUGGACCCUGGCCGUGUGCCAGAACAUGGGCCGGGACCUGUCCCCGAUCACCGUGGGCGUCACCCAGGAGGGCCUGCAGUUCAGCCUCUGUCUGCUCGACCGCUGGGACUACAUGAUGGCCGUCGCUGAGUUCCUCUUCCUGCUCUGGGGCGUGUAUCUCUGCUACGCUGUGAGGACCGUGCCGUCGGCGUUCCACGAGCCGCGCUACCUGGCCGUCGCCAUCUACAACGAGCUGGUCAUCUCCGCGGUAUUCCACAUCGUCAGGUUCACUCUGGCUCCUGCCCUGCACCCUGAUUGGAUGCUCAUGCUGAUCUUCGGCCACACCCACCUGACGGUCACCGUCACUCUGGGGCUCCUGCUCAUUCCCAAGUUCUUGUUCACGGCGACGCACACACGUGAUGACCUCGCCACGGAGGCCUACGAAGAGGAGCUGGACAUGGGCCGGUCCGGGUCCUACCUGAACAGCAGCAUAACGUCCGCCUGGAGCGAGCACAGUCUGGACCCCGAGGACAUCCGGGAGGAGCUGAAGAAGCUGUACUCCCAGCUGGAGAUCUACAAGCGGAAGAAGAUGCUGGCCAACAACCCCCACCUGCAGAAGAAACGGAGCUCCAAGAAGGGCCUGGGGCGCUCGCUCAUGCGCCGGAUCACCGAGAUCCCCGAAACGAUGAGCCGCCAGUGCGGCCGGGACGACAAGGGGGACCACCACCACCACCAGGGGGAGCACGGGGGCACCCGAAACAGCAUCUGCACCCUGCGCAGGAACCCCUUCGACCCGUCCCACGCCUCCAAGCACAAGGUCUUCUCCCUGCACAAGUCCCACAGCAGCUACGACCACCACGCGCUCGAGCAGGGCGAGGCCGAGGGCAAGAUGGCCGCCGCCACCGACGGCAAGAUGGCCGCCGAUGGGAGGGCGGAGGGCUCCGACGCCGCCGCCGCCGCCGCCGCCGCCGCCGCCGCAAACUCUCUGCCGGACGCCCCGGCGGGGCAGAGGAAGGGGGGCGGCGGGGCCGAGGAGAAGGCCUCGGAGGGGGGGUCGGCGGAGUCCGUGCCCCUGGUGUGCAAGUCGGCCAGCGCCCACAACCUGACCGCCGAUAAGAAGCCGGCGCACCUGCGCACCUCCGUGCUGCAGAAGUCCCUCAGCGUCAUCGCCAGCGCCCGCGAGAGGACCCUGGGCCUCACGGGGCGCAUCCACGGGGGCGGGGACGACGGCAAGAGGGGCCACCACCACCCCCGGGGGGCGAGGGACGGCGGCGGCGGCGGGAAGGGGCGCCCGGAGGCCGGCGGGAAGCCCGAGCAGGAGCAGGAGCGGGAGCGGGAGCCGGAGCAGCGCUACCCCAAAAUGAGCGUGAGCCAGUCGGUGGAGUACAGGCGCACGGCGGCGAAGGCAGGCAUCAUGAGGCAGCAGGUGAGCGGCAGCCAGCCGUCCAUCUGCUCCGAGCCGGGCCGCGCCAAGGACCUGUACGACCUGUCGGAGGUGUGCCCCUGGGAGGCCGAGGCCCCGCCCCCCACGCCGCCGCCGCCGCCGUCCGACGGGCGGGCGCAGAAGCACGUGUCCAUCGCCCCCGCCGAGACCACCGUGGUCCACGGGACCGCCCUCAGGGGACGGGGGGCGCCGCCCAAACAGAGGGGUCCCGACCGCCAGCGUCCGGCGGGGGAGCGGCUCGCCGUCUGCCACUGGGAGGAGGAAGAGGAGGAGGAGGAGGGGGAGGAGGAGGGGGCCGGGCCUCAGGCGGCCCGUAACCGCGGCGACAGGACGCCGCAGAGGCCCGAGAUGCGCCUUUGGGGCGCCGGGGGGGACCCCCCGUCGGCGGGGCGGGAGGCGGGGCUGUCCCCCGACCGGAGCAGGCGGAAGAAGAGCGUGACCCCCACCGAGGGGGGGGGCAAGGAGAAGGUCCUGCACUCGGACCACUCCCAGUCCACCGGCAGCCUGCUGCACCCCCCCGGCCUGCGCGCCGACAUCUGCCCCUGGGACUACGACACCCCGCCCUCCUCCCCCAGCACCCCCCGCGCCAGGGACUCCGCCCGCUCCAAGAAGAAGGGCGGGGCUUCCGCCAAGACCUCCUCGGAGAAGGAGAGGGGGAAGGACGAGGGGAGGCGCAGGUCCAAGAGCAAGGAGAAGGGCUCCUCCGGCCGGUCCUCGGAGAAACGCCGCGUCAGCCAGUCCAAGAUGGCCGACGGCUGCCCCUGCGACGGAGUGGGCGGAGCCGAGCGGCGGAAGAGCUCCGGGGGCGAGCCGGGGGCGGGCCACGGCAGGCUGGCCGAAAUCUGCCCCAGGGGGGACCUACAGGGCGCGGCCGAGGGCAAGAGUGCCUCGGCGGCCAAUCGCAGCUCGCCGGGGCUGAAGGCAGCGGCGGUGCCGGCCAACGCUAAAAUGGCGGACGUUUGUCCGUGGGACUUCGAUGACAAAAUGUUGGGGGAAAACGCAUGACACUUCAUCAGAUGAUUCGGUUUUGACCACAUACAUUUUUAUAUAAACAUGGUACGAAAUCCCUAAAAAUAUGUAUGGUAACUGAUAUUAAAACUUCAAUGUUACUUGUUGGAAAAGAAAAGAAGACACACGUUUUGCACAAGUUGCCUUUUUUCUUUAAUCUUUAAUCUUUCCCCUGCGAUCUGGAGAAAACCAAGAAGCUGAAUCAUCGUGAAAAUAAGCAUUCCAGAUUCCUACUAAGGAUUUAGCGAAAUUGAGAAGGUCGGUCGUUAUU